CAGUUUUCCUUGUAAGUUUCAGUUGCCAGUCUUUGACUCUUUCACCGAUAACCAAUUAUCACUUGAGAUUAAGACAGUACCAUGUCAAGCUCUCAGUGUUUUGAGAACCCACCAAGUUUAACCUCAACUUGUGGAGCAGGAACAGUUCAGGAAUUUGGUGGCCUCAAAAUCUAUGUCACUGGCCCUCCACAUUCCACACUCGCUAUCAUUCUCAUUUCUGAUAUUUUCGGGUUUGAAGCCCCAAAUCUGAGGAAGCUUGCAGACAAGGUUGCAGCUGCUGGAUUCUUCGUAUUGGUUCCUGAUUUUUUCUAUGGUGACCCUGUUGACCUAAAUAACCCUGAAUUCGAUCGCGAGUCAUGGAGAAAAGUUCACAACGCAGACAAAGGAUAUGAAGAUGCCAAACAGGUAAUUGCUGCUUUAAAAUGUAAAGGAGUGUCAUCCAUUAGCGCAGCAGGUUUUUGCUGGGGAGGGAGGGUAGUUGUGAAAUUGGCAAGCUCUGAUGACAUUAAGGCUGCAGUUGUAUUGCAUCCUGGUCGACUCACUGUUGAUGACAUUAAUGAGGUGAAAGUUCCAAUUGCUUUCUUGGGUGCUGAAUUCGACCAUGCUUCCCCACCGGAGCAGUUGAAACAGUUUGGUGAAGUUUUAUCUGCAAAGUCUGAGUUUGAUAGCUUUGUGAAAAUAUUUCCUGGUGUGAGUCAUGGAUGGUCAGUGAGGUACAAUGUUGAGGAUGAAUCUGCUGUCAGGAGUGCUGAAGAGGCUCAAUCUGAUAUGUUGAAUUGGUUUACUAAAUAUGUCAAGUGAGAAGUGUGAAACUGGCUUCUACGCAAUAUCAACAGAAAGAAAAAAAGAAUGGUUUAUUAUAAAUGCCUGUGAAAGACAAUAAGAAUAGGCUUGAAUCAUCCAUUCUGAUUUAUAUGACUAGCAUGCUUUCCAAGGAAACACUCUCUAAUAAUAAAAUCUUGAAUUCCAGAAGGAUUUCUAGUAAAUGAUGAGUUACCAUCUUCUCUGUAUUUCAGUUAAUUUCAUGAAUGUACCUAGAUAAAAAUAAAAAUAAAAUAAAAAAAAUAAAAAUGAUUUGACU